CUGAUUUUCUGCAACAAGGCAAACCUUGGCAAGCGGGCGAGGUCAGAUUGGCGAAAACGUGGCUCAUUAAUAUUAGUACAGUUUUGUGAGCCAUGGUACAAGCAACAUUACGCGCCGACGUAAUGGAUAUUCAUUAUCAACGCACUGCACCUAAUGACGCCUUUACUACAUGCUUUACGGUACAAACAUGGCCACUUACAGACUAAACAUAAUCGUUUGCUGAUUUCUGCUUAUUUAAACGCUGCAGGACAAAAUAUUUAUAAACGUGGUCAUACCUUAAGUUUAAAAUGAGACUCUCACCUGUUGCAUCGUUUUUGUUACGGACGCAUCGCAUUUACCGGACGUCAGGCUCAUUGUCAUGUAAGAAACGGGUCAGACAUGAACCUGUUUUCUUAAAAAACAACUUCUCUGUGUCUGCAGUAACAGACAGCACUGCACUUUUGUACAGAAACCACGGGGAGCCCUCAAAAGUGGUUCAGCUGGAGACUUUGGACCUGCCCCAUAUUGGAUCCGACUGUGUCCUGGUGAAAAUGCUGGCAGUUCCUAUUAAUCCAUCUGAUUUAAAUAUGGUUCAAGGCACAUAUGCUAUUCUGCCAAGUCUGCCAGCAGUGGGCGGCAAUGAGGGGGUGUGUCAGGUCAUGGAGGUAGGCGACAAGGUGAAAACACUCAAGGUGGGCGAUUGGGUGAUUCCAAGAGAUGCUGGCCUAGGUACAUGGAGAACAGCAGCUGUGUUGAAGGCUGAUGAUUUGGUGGCAUUGCCCAAAGACAUUCCCCUGCUCUCUGCUGCCACCUUAGGAGUCAACCCCUGUACAGCAUUCAGAAUGCUUUCGGACUUUGAGGAACUCAAACCAGGAGACACAGUCAUUCAGAAUGCAGCAAACAGUGGUGUUGGACAGGCUGUCAUUCAGAUUGCCGCUGCUAAGGGUAUUCAUACCAUCAAUGUUGUCAGAGACAGGCCCGAUCUACAACAGCUCUCUGACAGACUUAAAGCUCUGGGUGCUACACACGUCUUUACAGAGGAGUCACUUAGACGGCCAGAAAUGAAGGAGCUUUUUAUGUCGUGUCCCCGACCUAAACUGGCACUGAAUGGAGUUGGAGGUAAAAGCGCCACAGAGCUGUUACGCCAUUUGCAAAGUGAAGGGACUAUGGUGACUUAUGGAGGAAUGGCCAAACUACCCGUCACUGUACCAGUGGGUGCACUGAUCUUUAAAGAUGUGAAAAUAAGAGGUUUUUGGGUAACCCAGUGGAGAAGAGACAAUAGUCAUGAUGAGGACUCUUUACGCAACAUGCUGGAUGAACUUUGCAUCCUCAUCCGUGCUGGGAAACUGUCCGCUCCAGCUUGCAUUGAAGUGGGGCUUCAAGACUUUCAAAAAGCCCUGGAGAAUGCCAUGAAGCCAUACAUGUCUACCAAACAAGUUUUUGUCAUGUAAUCUCAUUUAUACAUUAUACAUUUGUUUAUUAAAAAAUCCUCGAGCUUUCCAGACACACAGACAAUAAAUGUGAUCCCGACAUCAAAGCCUAGUACUGUCAUGGAAACAAAAGAUAUUUUAGCAUUGUUUUUGAAUGGGUUGACAUUUGUUGCAACUAAGAAACAGCAAUUAUCAAUGCACCAGACAGCUCAGCGGUCAACCUGCUUUUAUAGUAAAUAGACAUGUACAAAAAAGUUUUGCUGCCAACUAAGUCAUUGUAGGGUCCUUGUGUUUUAUUUGCCAAUCAGGUGGAUGUUUCAUCAUAUGGACUGAAUAUUUAUUGUAAUGUUUAUGUAAAAACCUCCGUUUACCGUCACUCAUUAAAAUCCUGAUAUAUGAUAUGAACAAUUGAUAAAACAAGUCAUUAUGAUAUGCGGCAUUAUGAAAUCAUUAGUUUUGAUGACAGUUUGAAAGAAUUCGCUAAAAUGUUCACGGACCAUUGAAAUAACUUUUAAAAUGUCAUAAGAUGAAUUGCUGAAAGAUUUCAGUCGAUUUUUAAAAAUCUGUUUUGUUUCCACUAAAAUGUUGCAUUCUGUUCAAUGUUUCUGCAUAAGUUGCGUCUUGUCUGCAU